CGGAACCCGAACGUGCCGAGCAGCUUUUCCGCUCCGGGGCCGGCGACAAUCGGGCUCGAUCUGGCUCCAUCCAAACGAUGCCAAUCAACAUCUCUUCUUUCCGCCGCAUUGCUAAGGGAUGUUCUGGGCGCCCCUACGGCCACCCACUACAGCAGCGCGCCGAGAAGCCAACGACAAUCUUUCUGGGGGCCCGGAUGCCAGUGUCCGCGGCGUACUGCAGUAGUGCCAUCUGCAUUAAACAACUCGAGAUCAGAUGAAUAUGAAGACCGCCCGGCCGUACCGGUCGCACAAAUAUCCGGCCUGCUCACGCUGCCACAAGCGUCGUUCACGAUGCACAAUCGAGAUUCCUGGCGAGGCAUGUCUGUUAUGUCGAAUGCACGGGGUUCCCUGUUCCUCAGCGACAGGCAAACGAGAUGAGCGGGUCAGCCCUAAAAUCGGCUUCCUGCACCGGUCCCUGCUUGCCGAUGGCAAGUCUCCGAGUCUGGAAGGGAUGGCCUCCCAUAUUGUCGGCCCGGUGAUCGCACGCGACACGCAGGUUCUGGACCAGUAUCUUCCCACCUCAUCAACCACACACUCACCGACCGGUCAAGCGAUGGCCAUCCAACCACCGGGCAUUGUCAAUGGUGGCCGUCGAGACCAAACACCGAUAUACCACACACCCAUACCGCCACGACGGCCCAGUCCGACGAAUGACUGCCACUGCGGGCGGAAUCUCCCAGCGGGGCUAUUGCGACAGGUGGACCCGGUGUUGGAGCCCCUGCUGGCCAACUACUACGAGAAUCUGCAUCCAUGCUACCCUGUGACGGAGGAGGAGAGCACCAUGUCACGACUCAAAGACCGAACUUUCGGGUCUGGAUCCCACCAAACCUUCUACGUCAACUUGAUAGCGUACGCCUUGUUCUACUGGGACAUGUCACCUUCUUUGGCCGCCGCGCCGCCAUCCGCGAGACCCGACCAGGAUUUCGCAUGGCAGGCCGCCGUCGCGGCGAAUCUGGCCGAUUUGCAAAAAGGAGAUCUAAAUACCAUCAUUUCCUUAUGCACGAACGUCGCGGGCCGGCCGUCACGCUGUCUCGUCAGCAAUCUGACCAGCGUUUCACGGGCCGUGGCACUAUCGCAUGCUAGUGGUCUCAACCAUGACUGCAGCGAGUGGAAGAUCAGUGAGGCCGAGAAACGCAUGCGUUGGAAAGCCUGGUGGGGCGUGUUGAUUCAGGACCGCUGGUUCAAUUUUGCGCAGGGGACCCCGCCUUAUAUCCAAAAGGGCCACUACGACGUGCCUUUGCCCACAGUCGAGCUAUUGACGAGGGGUCGGGCUGGCAGCACCACCAACAACAGUCCCAGCAACAGCGGUUAUUUUUCUCCAGAUAACUCAAACUCAAACGAUCUCAAACACACCCGCGCCGCCGAAGUCUACAUCCACCUCUGCCGCUUGACCGAGAUUGUCGGCGACGUCCUCCCACUAAUCUACCACAUCCGAUCCGGCCACAACGACAGCCUGGCUGCAGAGCAGACGUCACGAUCAGAAAUCGAACUAAACCGCUGGAUUGAAAGCGUCCCCUCCUGGCUUUCGCACCAACUGAGCGAGUUGUCCAACAACCAUAACCGUCCCCUUUCUAGCCAAGUUCCUAUUCCAGCCCAGGUUCCAGGUCUCCUAAACCUACAACUAAGCUACCUCUCCGUCCGCAUGUUACUGCGGCGCAUCGCCUGGCACGAAAUCAGCCAGCGGGAACCCAACCCGCCAUCCUCAUGGCUAUUGGCAUGCCAGGCCGCCGCGGAAGACAUGGUCCGCUUCGUCUGUGGUUUACAUAAACAGGACUGCGACGGAUUUUGGCUUCCGUAUAGUGCGCACCACUUCACCUCCGCUGUGACCUUAUUGCUGCGAUGUGCAUUGCAAACGGGCUUUGCUGCCGUGCGUGCCCAGUGUAUGGCCAGCGCCCGCACUCUCGUCAACUGCUUGGCCAAAUACCACCAUGACUAUCAUUGGGACAUGGCGGAGACCGCUUUGACGCAGAGCGAGGGUCUGUUGAAACGCGUCGAGGACGCGUUGCCUCGCAUUCCCAUCCCGGUUCCCGCACCGACACACGUACAUCAUCCUGCUUCGCCUUCAAACCUGCUCCCGGCGGUCUCCUCGUCCUCGCCGUUAACCCGACCCGGCAGUGGCAACGGCACCGCCUCUCAUACAAGCGGCCAAAAUGGAUAUCUGGACCAAAUGCUGAAUAAUCCUAAUGCUGAUCCUACAUUAUCGGAAGAUGUCUUCAUGACCCAGCCACGUCGCAGCUCGAUCGAGGAGCUGUUUCCCGAGAUCUUCGCCGAGUUUACGGAUACGGCUUUGUUUAAUGGUCAGAGUGGAUUGGAUACUUGAACGACUAAAGCAUGACAGUACUAGUAUAAAUGCAGUGGCCGUUAUGACCUACGAACAGCAAAGGCACAAUUCGUGGUUUGGUUGACUGAAAACUGAACGUACUUUCGACCAUUCUGUCACAGAAAUUUGUGAUACCAGCACGCAGAACCGUCAAAGCCUCUCCGACGCGUCACGCAGUGACUGCCACCAAUUACUGACGACGCGCCCCAGAGUCUAUAUCUUUGGUGCGGGACUUCUUCCAGCCCCAACACUGAAAUUACUCAACCCAUCAUCCUCCAACCCAGCAGGCUCAUGUCCAUACGCCACUCGUUCCAACUGAUCAAACAGUUUGAGCACUGUCGGAUCAAGAAAGGGAAACACAGCCGAAACGACCAUACCAGCAAUCUUCUCAGUCGGAUCGAUCCAAUAAUACAAAUUCCCCAGCCCAGCCCAAGCACCACUACCACGUUUCCUGCCCCGGGGGAGAUCUUGAUGGUUAAUAAGCAAGGCACACGACCAUCCGCGCUGGGUCAACGGGCAAGACGGCAAAAAGGAUCCUUCAUUCGAAACGGCAGGAAUACUCGUGCGAAUCUCACCUAGACCAGACUUAUCCACUUCCGCAGGAAGCUGGUCUUUGAAGAGGUACUCUCUGACCGUCUCCGGUUUGAGUAUGGAUUUCUGGGUUUGCGGACUCGUCCCACCGUUCAACAAAGUGGACAAGAGCUUCGCAAAGUCAUUCAUGGUCGAGUAAAAGCACCCGCCUCCGCCAUAUACUUGCGGGUUUUCCGCAUUCUUCAACGCCGGGUUUGCCUUUAAUUUGCCAUCGUUGCCUUUGACAUGCACGAUAAGCCUCUUUUCUUGAGGACCCUUCAGAACAGGUCUUGUAUUGGUCAUUCCCAACUGCUGGCAGAUGAAAUUGUCAACAUAUUCGGGCAAAGUGAGGCCAGCUAUUUGCUGCACAACAAGCCCCAACCAGUCGGUACCCGUGCCGUAAACGUACUUGGCUCCGGGGUCAGCGACAAAUGGCGUCUCGAAAUCUUCCCAGCUCCCUCGGUCGUUGUACUUUGCUGGAACGUCGCCUGUGGACAGACGCCAUUGGAGCGUCGGUUUGUCGAAGAAGUCGUAGGAGAAGCCGGAUGUAUGUGUCAUGAGCUGAUGGAUGGUCGGUUUGGAUUUCGGGCUGCGAAAGAUUGGUUGAGGUUGGCCUUUGUCGUUUGUCGUGAACGACUGCAGGACUUGGAUCUUGGAGAUUCGCGGCACGUAUUUCUCGACUGGGUCGGAAAGGGACAGCUUUCCUUGCUCCAGUAGCUGCAGGGCUGCAAUGGUCGUGAUAAGCUUGCUGCAUGAGAACAGACGUGUUGUUGUGUCGGCGUCGAAUGGUGCUGCGUUGGGAUCAUCCAUGUUGGUGGUUCCAAAUGUCUCUUUCAGCCGGAAGUUGCCCUCUGAGUCGACGAUAAAUGCUCCAAUUGCUGGGAUCUUCUUUUCGUUGACCGCGGCCUCAAAGAGGGGUCGGAGUUUGGCCGCCAUGUCUGAGGAAUUGGGACCGCCCAUUUUGCUUCAGGGGGACAAGAGAAUAGUGUGCAAGAGAGCUUGUGUUCCGAACUCGUUCUGUCGAGCCCUUGAGAAGCACGGUUGACACACAGUGGAAGUUGGACUCAGAUACUAGUAGUCCACGGCACAAGAGGGGCAGAAGCCGAGGUUACCUUAGACACACGGAGAAUGAAUCGACUGAGGACCAGUUUCUACUCCGAGACCAAGCGAAUGUCGUCUUUAUGAGAGUUACAGAUCCAAGUUAUCCAGAUAUUGGUCGGUUGAUCCGGGCGCUUUGAAGAGGUGAGGAUUUGAUAGACUCCUGGGUAGAGGGACGAUGGCCUUAUACAUUGUAGACUGGAAGCCG